AUGCCGAGUGGCUGCGGAAGCGGUGGAGGGAGGGAGGGAGGGCGCAAAAUCGACCCGGCGCAGAGGGAGGGGCUGGACGAGAUAGGCUUCGCCUGGGACAUUACGCAGUACAAGUGGGACCGCUUCGUCCUGCCAUCACUGCGGAGGUUUUACGAGUUGAACGGACACCUUGGCGUGCCUAGUUCUUAUCGUGUUCCGAGGGGGAGUCCCGACUGGCCCAAACACUUGGGCAGCAAGGUGAACAAUAUUCUUCAACGGGGGGACUUCAUUGAGCAGGUGAAAGCGGAUCAGGACGAGCUGGAACGACUGAAUUUCGAUGUUGGCCUAGCGCUAUCCAGUCACAAGAGUCGGGAGAAGGUGGUGCCGGCGCAUACGACAAGUCCAGACAUGGAGUUGGGGGUUAUUCGGAAUGAUCCUGAGUGGAAGUGGAGUGAGCGAAUCAUGCCAGCUUUUGAGGCGUUUCACAGACUACAUGGGCAUUGCCGGGUGCCUACACGCUUUGUGGUGCCAUCAGAUGAGCGCUGGCCAAAACUGUCCUGGGGUCUAAAACUCGGCAUCGUUGUUGACAACAUUCGUAACCGCGGCACUUACUCCACCCAGAUUUCGCGUGACAAGACUCGAUUGGUGGAGAUGGGAUUUGUGUGGGACCUCUAUGAAUCGGAGUGGAGUGAGCGCAUUAUGCCAGCGUUGGAGACGUUUUAUCGGCUUCAAGGGCAUUGUCGAGUGCCACAAUCAUUUGUGGUGCCAUCGGAUGGAAGCUGGCCAAGACUGUCGUGGGGUCUGAAUCUUGGCACUGUUGUCAACAGCAUCCGCCAAGGCGCUUACUUCACCCAAGUUUUACGUGACAAGACUCGUGUGAAAGAGUUGGGUUUUGUGUGGGACUUCUAUGAAGCUGAGUGGAGUGAGCGCAUUGUGCCACGUUCCGCCGACUAAAUGGACAUUGCCGAGUACCACAAUCAUAUGUAGUGCCGGCGGCCUUUGCGGUACCUGCAGAGGCACCUUGGCCUGAAAAAAUUCACGGUCUCAAGCUGGGUUUUGCAGUAAAGAAUAUAUGCGGCCGCGUCACCUACUUUGACCAGAUUGCCAGAUCGAUGGACUCGUUGGCGGCGAUCAAAUUCGACUCGAUGACCCCAGUUAACAGGAAGUGGGAAGAGCGCGUGGAGCCGAUGCUGGCCACGUUCGAGCAGCUGCAUGGACAUCGCGACGUGCCGCGCGACUUCGUGGUCCCGUCACGAUCUCCGUGGGACGAGAAGGAUUGGGGUAUCCAACUGGGCAAGCUAGAGCUGGAAGAAUCUCUCCAUCGACAAGGGUAACAUGCAACAAUAUCGAGCCAUUUGAUGAAUCAAUAAGGCAAAAGGUUUCGUUUUCCGUC